AUGUUCACAACGGCAAUAGCAAAAGAAUAUCGCGAAGCUAGUAUGUGUAAAGGAUUUGGAUCUAGCCUCACGGGACCAGCUCUUCAGUGGUUUACGAACCUACCGAACGCGUCAAUCGACUCGUUCGCGUCAUUGACAGACCGCUUUGUUGAGCAAUUCGCGAGCAGCAGGAACAUAGAAAGGACAGCCGACGAUCUCUAUGAAGUGAUACAGAAGAGAGGAGAACCGUUGCGCGAUUACGUAGGUCGCUUCAACAAAGAGAAAGUAUCCAUUCCGGCAUGUGUCACGUCCACUGCCAUCUCUGCAUUCAAAAGAGGAUUGCUCCCAGACAGUGAUUUGUACAAGGAACUGACGAAGUACCAGUGCAGAACGAUGGAAGAUGUGCUAUCUAGAGCAUGGGCUCAAAUAAGGUGGGAGGAAGACCCUGCAUAUCGACACCUACUUUCCCCACGAUCUGAUUCGCGCGUUGUUAGGAACGAGCGUCCCUCUCGAGAUGACAGACCGUACCAGAGACCACGCAGUGAAAGCACUAGCAAGAGAAGCGAACAGAAGCGACCAUCGACCACUCAACCAAAUUGA